AUGGUUGCUGCUAAACAUUGUGGGUAUGAACUUGAACGCCUCCUUGUGAGUUUUAUAUAGACUUUAUUAAAUCAAAAGCCGAUUAAUGAAUUUAAAGUCGAGACUAAGCUCAACCUUUCAGAGCAGCGUGUUAUUCACUCUGACGUUGACAGAACUCGGCCAAAAGUUCUUAGCGAUAAUGAAAGAAUUCAAUUGGAGACCAUGCUAACGUUUUAUUGCAAAGAACUAAAAAUCACAUACAAGCAAGGGAUGAAUGAGCUAAUGGCACCAUUUCUUCUGAUGACUAGAAAAGGAAUUGCUUUACAUGAAGCUUAUGCUUCAUUCAAGAAAUUCAUACAAAUAACUCUCCCUACUAUGUUUAUUGAUAAUGUAAUUUUUUAUUUAGGCCUUUCGACCAUUGCAUGGACUCUUUUUAAUAUUUAAUCUGCUUUUCAGAUACCAUGAACCAGACCUUUGCUCUUUUUUUCAAGAAAACACAGUAUAUCCAGAAUGUUACGCGACAUCAUGGUUUGUGACCGCUUUUGCAAGCAAAAUUAUCCAAUUUUACAUUAAAUACGAAUUUUCCUGCCAUAAAUAUUCUAGUUUUUAUAUUCAAAACUAUUAGAAUAAAAAUAUUGAGACAUUAUCUUAUCUCUGGGAAAGUCUAGUACAAGAAUCAGACGUAUUAUUUAUUUGCUACAUUUCAAUUGCGUUACUUCAGCGUUACAAAAGUAAACUAUUGGAAGAGCAAGGGCCUUCAAUCGCUCAAGUCAUAUCCAAAAUCAAGCUUGAAAGCAUUGAAGAAAUCGCUUACCUCAUCGAAAAAGCUCAAGAUCUGAAGAGAAAAAUGCCUUUUUCUCUUCAUAUGAAGCUACAAAAUUAUAAUAUUUAUAAUUUAGACACCAUUGACUCAGUACUUGCAGCACUCAAUAAAGAGUAUUGCUUGAGUGUCCUUCCAAGAGAAGUCAUGCAAAACUGCUACCCGGGCCAAAAAUUUUGCACCUGCAUUGACGAGAAAUGCUCAUGGUGUACUUCACAAGUCCCAGAGAUUCCUAUCGUUUUAAUCGACUGCCGGCCAGACUCAGAGCAGAGGCAUGGGAGAUUCCCUAACUCGAUUUUGCUCGACAAGCGGGCGUAUAAUGACGAAAACAUUAUGAUUAACAUCCCAGAUUCUUUUAAUGAAUUAAAAGGCGUAUUUCAUAUCUUUCUUCUGGGAAAUAAAGAAUUCCGAGCUUCAGAUUUCAGUUUAAGGAAAAAUUCUGAUGAAGAAGAUCCUGUUCAAAACAUGUUGGAAAAUUUAUUGCAGCUUUUCAUUAUAAAAGGGUUUCCUUAUGUAAGCUUGGUAGAGGGAGGCUUCCAAAAGUGCCAUGAAUUCGCGAUGCAUUAUAAAUUAAAUAUUGAAAACCAUCAAAACGCUUCAUGCGAUGUUUGCAAUCCAAAUGUCUCCUGUUCGUCGAUCGAGUCCAAGCUGAGAAAGCUGAAAGAUGUGAUCCAUGGUAAGGUUAGAGCAUUCACCACUGUGGUCAAAGAUAUUGGUAAAUCUAUCAGCCCGACUGAGCCAGCUAAAAAAUUGUCAGACUCAGAAAAAUAUUUGAGCGACCCAAGUGCGAAAUUUUAUUUAUGCAAAAAAUAUGAUGAAGAAAGCAAUUGCGUCAUACAAAGCUCGAUGUCAUUAAUAAUUACAGAAACUGAAAUUGCGAUAGGGCAAAUCAGAAAUAACAGAAAGCGAUCUAUAACUCAGGUUAUCGAUUCUAAAAAAAUAAGCAGCCUACAGAAAUUUACAACCAAGCUUAACCCUAAUACGAUGCUGAAUUUUUACUUUGGAAAAUCAUCAAAACCAAUAUGUAUCAUAUUAAAAAGCACUCGGGAAGUCCACGAGUGCUCAUCACUGAUAUCAAAAUAUUAUUUAAUUAAGAUAUGGCGUCACUCGAAUUUUCUGGUCUCCCGCCGAAAAUCCAUCUCUUGCAUAUUUAAUUAUAAGUUUUGGUUUCCUCCUGGUUUAAAUUAUCCCAGCUAUGUCAGGGAAGCAAGAGCUAGGUUUUUUUUUACCGGCCUCCUGUCUUUAGGGAAUAAAAUUUUUCAGAAGGGUACCACCUACCUCAGGAGGUUGAGGCUGAAACCUUUAGGGUGCCUGAUAGACCCAAGUAAGUAGCCUGAGCUCAAUGAAGAGUCUUCGAAUCCCAGACUUCAAAACUAGCAUCCUCAUUGUGUAAAGAAGUCAAGGUGGUCAUACUUUAACGGGCCUGGGGAAGAUGGUGCGAAUUUCACCCAGAGCGAUGUUGGAGGCAGCAGUGGCAGCAUUUAACUUGUUGGAUACAAAUGAAUAAUAAAUCUAAUUGAAUUGAUAUCAAAAUAUUAUAAAAGUAAUAAGGAGUGGUAA